UUUCGUGGUAGCCAAGUAAAGUGGUAAAUUUACCUUGCGAAUUGCAAAUAUUUUUUAAAAAUAUUUUCAAAGCAAAUACAACACCGGUUGCUGAAAAGAAAGAACAAAACAUGAGAGAAGAAUAUUUGGAAACUGAAGAAUAUGAAAAUUAUCAAAACCUGGUGACACAAGCGGAUGAAGCGGUCAAGCAGGAGGAGACAAGCACCACGGCCGAUGAGAAACUUACAUUUGAGGAAUACUUUCCUCCGCUGCAUCCCAUCGAUUUUGAUUGUCACUCCGAUGAUGCAAUGUUGCGGAAGUUGUUGAAAAAGUUCCAAAUGAUUUUUUUGUACCCAUUUUUUAAAGCUUAUGACAUUACAUAUCGUAGUUUACGCUACCUCUCCGUGGAUGAUAUUAACACAGUUAUACGUAGUGUGGGUCAUCGGGCUGAAUUCCGCGAAAAACUCUUUGCAUGGCGUAGAAAAAGGUACCGCACCAACAAUACCCAAAUAAUUGAAUUCGAGAAAUCUUAUCAAACCGUCACCUCAGAAGAAAUACCAAGAUCCAGUCAAUCGGCAGAUAAUAAAAGCAAUAAAUCAAAUAAAUCCAAUCCAAUAAUGAUUAUGGAAACAAAUGAGGAAAUAGUUGAUGGCGCCAAUGAUACAUCAUCUCUGCAAGAAAUGAUGAAUGAAUUACCACUGGAAAUGGAAGUGGAAGCAGGCGGAGGUGCACCAGCAUCCAAAAGACCCAGAACGGAAACAAUUGUUAAUCUACGAGAGACCAGAUUGGGUGCAUUGUUGAAUCUUGAAGAACUUAUCGAAGAAUCUGUUUUUGGUACCAUUAUCAAAGUAUUCUAUAACCGACACGGCUAUCUGGAGAGAAAACAUCGUGACGAGAUAAUCAACACUAUUGUCGAUUAUGUGGUCACGAAGGAAAUCAAGCUACACUCAUCGGAUUUUGGUAAAAUUGUCGAUAUGAUUGUCAACUUAUUUCCCGCUGAGGAAGAGGCCAGGGACUAUUAUUUUAUUAAUCGCAAAGGCAAACGUAAUCCCAUGGGGCGUCUAUAUACAAAAUAUUACAAUACUUUGAAACGAAUACGAGUUCGUGACAUACAUCAAGAGUUUACAAAUGAAUCUAUGUGUUCAUUUUUGCAAACUGGAUCAUUGAAGGACGACACAAGCAAGACGAAGAAAGCAUCGACAGCAGUUUUGACCAACGAAGCAACAACAUCUGCAAGUGCUAAUCAAACAAACAGCAUUAAUACUACGGAUGACAACAAAAACUCAAACAACAACUCCAACACACAAAUAGAAUUUAUUGCAGAUGAUUUUGAAGAACUCCUCGAAUCGAAUGAUACUUCAUCAAGUACUGCAAAGGAUGUACUUCGUUGUCAAGGAUUAAAUUGGGAUAAUGUUAAGACAUUAUGGUCGCAAACUCAUCUGAUACGCCAAGAGGACAUUGAGCAUUCAACAGUCAAAGAUGUCAUCCAGCAAUGGCCAAAGUAUUUAAAUGCCAGAGGAAUGGAAUUGUUCGACAUUGAUUUUCGCCUGAAAUUCUCACGGAACAAGGAGAACUUAUUGCAACGCAAGUGGUCGCGGUUUGUACAGAAAAUCUGCUAUUACUAUCAGAGCAACAUUAAGGAUGAAAUGUGCAAGGGAUUGUUUGCUCUGUGGAAAACCAAACCAGGAAAAGACACCGAAGAUUACAUACUCAUUGUUCUACUCAAUUCCAUUAUCAUACCAAUGGCACGCUAUCGAGAUGCUGCCGGUAAUCGUCGUAAGGUAUCCAUUGUUGAGGCCGUUGAUCUAUUUGCGGUGCGUGUCAAUCAUUUGGAGGAAUUGGAUCAAAAACGUGAAGAAUUUUGCAUCAAGUUUGGUGAAAUUCACACCGAGUUUACACCGCUCAUUGUUGUUGUGGGCGAUAAUAAUAUAAAUAUACAUGAAAUUUAUGUGCACUUUCACGUUGCCCUAUAUGAAAUGCCCGAUUUCCUAACCGCCCUCGAUUGCUGCAUGAAAAUCUAUCGGGUAUUGAACUUACCAUUCCCAGCCUCAAAUGAUUAUGUUUGGACAUUUAUCCAGCGAUAUUUCUAUGAAAUACAAUUACCCGACGAUACUAAAUGUCCAUCGAUGAGUUCGUUGAUAACGUAUUUGAAGAAUUAGAAAUAUGGGGUUUGUUUGCAAGGGCAGUAUUAAAAUAAUUUAAGAUUAUAAAUAAAUAAAUGUAUGUAAGUCUAAGUAUUUUAGCCGAAUUGCACACCAUUCCACAAUGUUUGUUGACACCAAUGCCUGUAAUCAUCUUGAUGUCUUUAUAUAAAACAAAAAACACCACACUUUUUAAGCGUUUUAAAACCUGUAUAACACUUUUAAAGACAAUUUAUUAAGAUAACAAUUUUAUACACCUGAUGCUAACUGCGCGUCGUGCCGGCCCAGAUCCCAAAGGAGACAAAUACCAGAGUUAGCAACAACAACAAUAAUAACAUAAAAGCAAUAUCAACCAGCAAGCCCAACAACCGCAAUAAUACUACUGCUACCGCUGCACAAUAUCAAGAAGCAACAAAAACCCAAUGAAACUUGAGGUUAAAAAGGUAGGAAAAAGUUUGCACACAAAAAGGACUUAACAAAAUGAAAAGACAUCUUAACUAGAGUGGCAAUAAACGUAUUAUAGUCGAACCACAA